AUGUGGGUGGCCAUCGUCGGCCAGUGCACCCUAGACGGCACCUGUGUGCAGAGCGCGAACUAUCCGCAGGAUUACGGUGCAGACGAGGCGUGCACGAUCGAGGUCGACAUGGCAACCGCGGUGCCGAUCAUCGUAGAGAGUUUCGACACAGAGGCAUUUUUCGACUACCUCACAGUCAACGGAUUAGAGUACUCUGGAACUUCGGGUCCCGAUGGGGUCACUCCGACGGGGAGCAUGAUGUGGUCAUCCGACUUUGCAGUGCAGAGCAGCGGUUGGAGAUUGUGCAUGGCAACGCCUACCCCGGCGCUACCACCUACGCCUGCCCCGCCGCCGACGACAGCGCCGCCACCGACACCAGUGCCUCUGUGCGGCACCAAGGGCCCCGACGACACUCCUUGGGACUCGGAGCGCAGAGAGCGCAUCGUGGGGGGGCAGGACGCCACGCCGUGCGAGUGGAGGUGGCAGGUCUCGCUCCGGUCUUCGUACCACUUCUGUGGAGGAGCGUUCAUCGCCCCGACAUGGGUCCUCACUGCUGCCCACUGCGUGGGAGGGUCUUUCUCCAUCGUGGCGGGCAGCUACAGCCAGUUCACAACAGAUUCGACCCAGGUGGUACUGCAGGUGCAUCAGGUGCUUUCGCAUCCAGAGUACGACGACUCGACUAUGCAGUACGAUUUUGCCCUGGUUGAGUUGGUGGAUGCAGCGCCCUUGAGUGAAUGCAUUGGGUCAGCAUGUUUGCCCAGUGAGGACGUCGCUGACGGCGAGGAGUGCUUCAUCACUGGGUGGGGGACCCUCUCCUCUGGAGGGUCCUCGCCCGACUUGAUACAGGAGGCGCAGGUGAACGUCGUGAGCAACUCAGACUGCGGUGCUGCCUACGGCAGUGAGGCCAUCACCGCUGACAUGAUGUGCGCGCAGGGCGUCAACAGCGCUGGGGAAGUCACCGACGCCUGCCAGGGGGACAGUGGCGGGCCGCUCGUCUGCGCUUCUGGCGGCGCUGCUUAUUUCUUGCACGGAGUGACUUCGUGGGGCUAUGGGUGCGCAUCGAAACAGUACCCGGGAGUCUGGUCUCGGGUCAGCUACGUGCGUGAUUGGAUCGACGAGCUGAUGGGGUUGACUGCGCCGACACCAACGCCUUCGCCAACUCCGGCUCCCCCUCCGACGCCUGCGCCGCCGCCGACGCCAGCUCCCCAGUAUAUGUGGGUGUCCAUCGUCGGCCAGUGCACUCUAGACGGCACCUGUGUGCAGAGCGCGAACUACCCGCAGGAUUACGGAGCAGACGAGGCGUGCACGAUCGAGAUCGACAUGGCAACUGCGGUGCCGAUCAUCGUAGAGAGUUUCGAUACAGAGGCAUUUUUCGACUACCUCACAGUCAACGGACUGGAGUACUCUGGAACUUCGGGUCCCGAUGGGGUCACUCCGACGGGGAGCAUGAUGUGGUCAUCCGACUUUACAGUGCAGAGCAGUGGAUGGAGAUUGUGCGUAGCACUUCCACCAACCCCGGCUCGCCCUCCCACGCCUGCCCCGCCGCCGACGCCGGUUCCCCAGCAUAUGUGGGCGGCCAUCGUCGGCAAGUGCACGCUAGAAGGCACUUGUGUCCAGAGUGCGAACUACCCACAGAAUUAUAGCGCAGACGAAUAUUGCGCGAUUGAGAUCGACAUGGCAACCGCGGUGCCGAUCAUCGUCGAGAAUUUCGAUACAGAGGCAUUUUUCGACUACCUCACAGUCAACGGAUUAAAGUACUCCGGAACUUCGGGCCCAGAUGGAGUCACUCCGACGGAGAGCAUGAUGUGGUCAUCCGAUUUCAUAACGCAGAGCAGCGGGUGGAGAUUGUGCAUGGCCACGCCUACCUCGGCUCCACCACCUACGCCAGCGCCUCCACCGAUACCACCGCCGAGACCACCAGCACCAGCACCUGCAUGCGGCGUCAAGGGUCCUGACGACACUCCCUGGGAAACGCAUGGUGGGCAGCGCGGCGAGCGCAUCGUCGGGGGGCAGGGCGCCACGCCUUGCGAGUGGAAGUGGCAGGUUUCCCUCUCGACUUCUUCUGGUGGCCACUUCUGUGGGGGAACGCUCAUCGCCUCGACAUGGGUCCUGACAGCCGCCCACUGCGUGGAGGGCUCUUUCUCCAUCGUAGCGGGCAGCCACAGCCAGUUCACAACAGAUUCGACCCAGGUGGUACUGAAGGUGCACCAGGUGUAUUCCCAUCCAGACUUCAGCGAUUCGACAUAUUCUCACGAUUUUGCCUUAGUGGAGUUGGUCGAUGCUGCGCCCUUGAAUGACUGCAUUGGGGUCGCAUGCCUGCCAAGUGGGGACGUCACUGGCGGCGAGACGUGCUUCAUUACCGGAUGGGGGACCCUCUACUUUGGAGGCUCCUCCUCUGACUUGAUGCAGGAGGCGCAGGUGAGCAUCGUCAGCAACUCGGACUGCGGUGCUGCCUACGGCAGUGGGAUGAUCACCGAUUCCAUGUUGUGUGCCCAGGGCGUCAACAGCGCUGGGGAAGUCACGGACGCUUGCCAAGGGGACAGUGGCGGGCCGCUCGUCUGCGCUUCUGGUGAUGCUGCUUAUGUUUUGCACGGGGCCGCUUCGUGGGGGGCCGGGUGCGGCAUGGAGCAAUACCCAGGAGUCUGGUCCCGAGUAAGCUACGCACGUGGCUGGAUUGACGAGGUGAUGGGGGUGACUCCGUCCCCGACGCCAGCGCCUCCCCCGACACCAGCGCCACUACCAGCACCAGCACCUGCAUGCGGCGUCAAGGGUCCUGACGACACUCCGUGGGAAACGCAUGGUCGGCAGCGUGGCGAGCGCAUCGUCGGGGGGCAGGGCGCCACGCCUUGCGAGUGGAAGUGGCAGGUUUCCCUCUCGACUUCUUCUGGUGGCCACUUCUGUGGGGGAACGCUCAUCGCCCCGACAUGGGUCCUGACAGCCGCCCACUGCGUGGAGGACGGACUUCUCCAUCGUAGCGGGCAGCCACAGCCAGUUCACAACAGAUUCGACACAAGUGUCACUGCAGGUGCGCCAGGUGCAUUCGCAUCCAGACUUCAGCGAUUCGACAUAUUCUCACGAUUUUGCCUUAGUGGAGUUGGUUGA